GGAAAGGUGAAAACGAUGAGCGGCCACGGAGACCACGGUGAGAAAAUAUGAAAGGCUUUUACCACUACAAAAACCAGAAAGCCAGGUACCAAAAGAAUGCACACUACCUGGGCGUUAUAAAAGCGAUGAAGUGAUGCCAAGGCUGUAUUGUGUGGAAGAUUUCACGCCUUUGGGGUUAUUUAAAGAACUAAUCAUUUCUAUAUUAUUCUCGUGGUGCACCAGGGAUUCUUUGGAACAAAUAAUUCGUCUUUGAAAUUCCAUGGAGGGUAACACAGCUACAGGGGGAAAGUAGAGAACGGAGUCACAAUCUGCGCCCUAUGGCUACGCCCUGAGUUCAAAUGGCAAUAAUUAUGAAGAGACAAAUUUUAUAUGUUUUUUUUACCAGAUAUAUUCUUAACACUUGUUCUGAUGGAAGAUGGACCCCCUUCCGAUGAUAUUUCAAGAACACAGCGACAGUAAGCAUGAAUGUACUCGUGUUGCAUACAUAUAUAUAGUAGAUGUAUGUAUAUUUAGCACAUCUGACCAAGGGUUAAUGAAAUAUAUGACCAACCGUCAGACAUCAACCUGGAAUUUUUGAUCAAGCAACAUAAUGAAAAUCCAGUUCGCUGGAUAAAUUAACAAACGCCUUGACUCGCACCUUUCGUACUGUGGACUUCUUAACCGUUGUAAAGUAGUAUAGAGGCAGAAUGCAUCAAGAUCUGCAGAUAGACGAUAUAGGCGAAGAAUGCUUUCACAUCAUUAAUGACAUCCAAAACCACGGGCAUCAUCAUCAUCACCCUCACCACCACCAUAAGUAUCAGAAGCAGAUACCCCUCCUGGACGAACGGGGAAGAGACGUGGUCAGCGUGAGACCGACAUCCAAACAGAUUGACCUCACCAAAAACAUUCAAGGACGCACGUCAUCGUCGUCAUUGUCAGGAGACGACUGUCUGCUAGGUGUGACAUCAGCCCACAAAAACAGCGCAAAUUUGUCGGAUUUCGAUGACAUUAGUUCCAUGACGGGGUACUCGGCGGGGGCUGACCGCACCCGGGGUGCACACGCCACCAGUCAGUUCGUUGACCGGCACUACGUGCCUGACCAGCGGCGCUUUGAACAGCUGAUCCACCAAAAUGUCACUGAAGACCUGUCAGACUUUGACGAACCUGAAUACCACCCCCGCCUACCCAAACAGAAACACGAGUCAAAGAAAUCUAAGAAUAAAAUUAUCGGAAAAUCCACAAGCAAUAAAAAGACAAGACAGAAUAAAGAUAAUGCUGCCGUGAGAAAUACUGCUUUUGCCAUCCCAUGUGAUGGGCUGCCUCCCAUGGAAGAUGUGCAUGACCCCCAGUACCUUCCUGGCGGGGUUUCUUCCUGUAAAGUUAAAAGAAAUCCAGGAGAAAAUAAUGAUUUUCAUUACCUUCAUUACCCUCAACACCAAAUUCGCAGCAAAUAUCAUGGCGGCCCUAGAAACCACACGCAGCAUGAAGACAGGAGUGAGACGUUUUUGG